AUGUUGAAUUAUAAUGGAAAUAUAAAUAUUGAAUCGAAUAGAUCUAUUCUUGAACAUUUGGCAAAUGAAAUGAUAUAUGAAAUAUUUGAAUUUCUUGAUUAUUAUGAUGUUUAUAAUGGUUUUUGUUCUCUUAAUCAACGAUUUCAAUAUUUAGUUCUUUAUUCAAGUGUUCCAAUUACAAUAAAUACACCAGCUGUAUCAAAAUCAAAAUUUCAAGAUUAUCAUAGAAAUAUAGUUAUUCCAAAUAAACAUCGAAUUAAUAUAUUUUCUUUAUCAAAUCCAUUUGCUGUUGAUAUUGUCUUAUCACCACCUCGUAUUAUUUUAGAUUUUGUUUGUCUUGAAACAUUAAUUCUUGAUAAUAUCAGUAUGGAAAAUCUCAAGAAAAUUUUCUAUGAAUUAAUGUUCUUACCAAAUUUACAUUCAUUAGUACUUAAUCUUGCUGAAUAUGUACAAAAUUUAAAUGAUAUUUUUUCUAAUAUAUUUUGUUUACCAAAAUUAAAAUAUGGCAAAAUUACAUAUCGAAUCAGAAUCGAUCAGGAUUUAUCAGGUGUUUAUUUUAGUAGAUUUCAUUGUAGUCCAAUUGAAACUCUUAUUAUUAAUGGUCCUUUUCCAAAUGAUUCAUUAAAUAAUUUAUUAUAUCACUUUCCAAAACUUCAUCAUUUAUCAAUUAAUUACCUUACUGCUUCUCGUGUCGAAAAUAGUGAAACACAUGCUACUUCAUUAUUAAAACAUUUAAAAUAUGUUUCACUUAAACUUUAUUUAAUUGCAUUUAAUAAAUUCGAACAAAUUGUACAAACAUUUUUUGGUGAUAUUGAAGUUUUACGGAUUUCAACACAAUAUGAUACAGCAUAUUUAGAUGCAAAACGAUGGGAACAUUUAAUAACAUCUUAUAUGCCGAAUUUACGUAUUUUUGAUAUACAUCAUGAUGGUGGUGUACAACGUAAUCAAUUAACUUAUCAUGAUUUAAUUAAUCAAUUCAGAUCAUCCUUUUGGAUUGAACGAGAUUGGUUUUUUGCACAUCAACAUGAUUGGCUUGAACGGUUACAAAGUGGAGUUUUUUAUUCAACUGAACCAUAUAGACGAAAAGAUUUUACAUUUUAUUGGCAAUUACAUAAACAAAUUUGUCAAUCUGCUCAAGAAACAAAUUUAAAUUCAGUUAAACACUUAGGAUUGAUUGACCUGGGUAGUACAAAAGCAAAUAAGAAUCCAGCCAAUUAUUUUCCAAAUGCUACGGAAUUAACAAUUAAACAUUGUCUUGAAAAACUUGAUGAUUCAUUAGUACAAACACUAAAUAGUAUUGUUCCCUUACGUCAACUUACCAAAUUAAUUAUUAAAAAUUUUCAUAUUAAAUUUGAUCAAUUUCUUGAUGUAUUAUAUUUGACACCACAUUUACAUACAUUUAAAAGUGAUUUUUUAUCUCUUGAUAAUAUUGAUCCAAGUGCAAUUAGAGAAACUGAUACUUUUCGACAUGUAUUACAUACAAAUAGAAUUAAAACUUUCGAACUUCGUCAUGAAUGUACAUUAGAAGAUAUUCAAUUGAUUGUUGAUUUAUUUCGUCAAUUGAAUUAUUUAAAUAUUGGAAUGAAAAGCAAAGAAAUUCGACCAAUAAUUAAACAUCAAUUAACUGUAAUGAUUGAAAAAGAAAAUCUACUUGAUGAUUAUUCGAUUAAACUUAAUUAA